AUGGAGAUACAACAGCUUACACUCAUCGCCACUGUUGCCUCAAGCAUAAUUUCUCUACCGGAAAACAACAAUUCAAAACCGCACCAAAACGAAGUACAACCAAAGACGGCUACAACAACCGUAACUACAUCGAAAAAGAGUUUUCGAGAUGAUGUUUUGGAGAAGGAGAGUUCCAGAUUCGGUUUGACUGUUGUGUGUGGAAGAAGGAGGGAUCUAGAAGAUGCUGUUUCGGUAAAGCCGUCGUUUUGUAAAACGAUUUGCUCUUAUCUACACUUUUACGGUGUAUUCGACGGCCAUGGCUGCUCUCAUGUGGCGACCAAGUGCAAAGACCGGAUGCACGAGAUAGUGAAAGAGGAAGUUGAGAACUGUGAGGAAGCAAUUUUGUGGAAAGAGAUGAUGAUGAAGAGUUUUGCUCGGAUUGAUAAGGACGUAAGUGAAUGGAGCAAGAGUGCAUCAUCCUGCUCAGAUUGUAGAUGCCACCUUCAAAUUCCACAGUGUGAUGCCGCUGGAUCUACUGCGGUUGUUGCGGUUGUGGCUCCGGAUAAGAUUGUAGUUUCUAACUGUGGCGAUUCGCGUGCUGUGCUUUGUCGGGAUGGUGUUGCGAUUCCGUUAUCAACAGAUCAUAAGCCUGAUCGACCGGAUGAACUUAAACGAAUCGAAAAUGCUGGUGGUCGUGUUAUACAUUGGGAUGGAGUUAUGAGGGUUCUUGGUGUUUUAGCUAUGUCUAGGGCAAUUGGCGACGAUUAUUUAAAACCGUAUGUGAUACCAGAACCGGAAGUAACCGUAACAGAACGGACGGAUGACGACGAGUGCCUUAUCAUCGCAAGUGACGGCCUUUGGGACGUGGUAUCAAACGACGUCGUAUGCCAUGUGGCUCGCAUGUGCCUAAGGUCGGAGGAGGUUCCAUUGCCGCCGCGAUCUGAUGGUAGUCCGUUCAAUGUGGCCCGUGGUGAGAGCUCCGAUAAGGCGUGUUCGGAUGCGUCGAUGCUGUUAACGAAGUUAGCGUUGGCUAGACGGAGCUCGGAUAACGUUAGUGUAUUGGUGGUUGAUCUUAGGAGGGAUAUAUAA